CUUUAUUCCAGUCUAAAACAGUUAACAGGAUUUUCUUCUUUUCCCUGGAAUCUAUAAGAACGAGGGGGUUCGGCACUCGGGUCGACUUGGAUUUGGACACUAGACUAGCUUGUAGGAGUGUAGCUAUCUUCAUAUUUGUCUUUCUCCAAAAUUUGUAAAACUUUUCUAUUUGUUUGUAUGAUGAGUUGUUGUGUAUAAACCCAAGUAGCCAACCCCUUGUUUUAUCAAGCCAAUUCUAGCUAGUGUGUUGUUGCAUUCCUUUUCUUUCCACAGAGUCGCAUACUUCAUCAAACAUCAAAUUACAAUGAGAGAGGAUGAUGUUCCGUGUUGCCGGGUCGAUUUCUGGGUGUUUAUAGUGAUUAGCUUGAUCCUUUCGUCACUUGCUGGUAUUGCAUCAGGCCUUGCAUUAGGACUCUUGUCCUUCAGCAAAGUUGAUCUUGAGGUUCUCAUUAGGUCCGGUCAACCCAAAGACCAGAAGAAUGCAGCAACGAUUCUGCCACUUGUUAAGAAUGAGCAUCUACUGUUAUGUACUCUCCUCAUAUGCAAAUCAUUGGCCUUGGAGGCACUUCCCAUUUUCGUGGACUCAAUUCUCCCAGUUUGGGCUGCCAUUCUUGUGUCUGGCACGAUUGUAGUUGCAGUUACAGAGAUCAUUCCUCAAGCUGUAUGUUCCCGAUAUGGACUAAGUCUUGGUGCAAAAGGAUCUUACUUGGUACGAUUACUUCUGGUGGUUUUUUUCCCCAUAGCUUACCCUUUCAGUAAGCUGUUGGAUUGCCUCCUUGGAGAAGGGCAUUCUGCUCUCCUAAGACGAGCAGAGCUAAAAACAUUGGUGGAUAUGCAUGCAAAUGAGGCAGGGAUAGGUGGAGAGUUGUCGCAUCAUGAAACUACGGUUAUUGGUGGUGCUUUGGAUUUGACGCGAAAGACUGCUGAAGAUGCAAUGACUCCAAUAUCAGAAACUUUUUCCCUUGACAUAAACUCCAAACUUGACAUGAAUACACUGGGUUCAAUAAUGAGCAGAGGUCAUAGUCGGAUACCAAUCUAUUCAGGAAACCCAAACAAUAUCAUUGGCCUUAUUUUGGCAAAGAAUUUGAUCUUCUGUCGCCCUGAAGAUGAAACCCCAGUUAAGUACAUGACAAUCAGAAAAAUUCCAAGGGUUUAUGGCAACUGGCCUUUAUAUGAUAUCCUGAAUCAGUUCCGGAAAGGCUACAGUCACAUGGCUGCUGUGGUGAGGAAUAAAAAGGACGUUAAUGGACAGAAGGAAAAAGAUGCUAGGAGUUCAAGAUUAGAUUCACCACGAGCGGAGAGCAAAGAUAUUACAGGUUUAAAUUCUCCGAUCAAUGGGAAAGAGCAUCUGAGUAACACCAUAGACACAUCCCCUGUGUACUCGAGUACUGAUACAGAAUACUGCACUGCGCUAUCAGAGCAUGUCAUGGAGCAAGAUGAAGAUAUUAAGCAGAUGCAUAACAAGCGCCAUAAAAAGCAGGGAGGUGGAAAUGUAUCAAAUGAAAGUGUAGGAUCUAUUCAAAGUCACUUGGACGAGGAGGUAAUUGGUAUCAUAACAAUGGAGGAUGUUAUGGAGGAACUGCUACAGGAAGACAUACUGGAUGAAACAGAUGAGUAUGUGGAUGUGCAUAACAAAAUCAAAAUCAACCUGCUACCUUCAAGAAGAUCGUCACCCUCAAAAUCUCCUAGAACAAAGUCUCUAUCUCAAAUUUAUUGGAGAACUCCGGAGCCCUCUCCCCUGCCUUCGAAAUACAAUAGUCCUAUACUCCGUUCUCCCAUUAAUCCCGCAUACAUUCAACCACCUCCUUUCCUCAUCACCAGACCUACUUUGUAUCCUUCCCCUGCUAAAUCAUUACUCAAUAUCAGUUCUCCACAAGCUGGACCAUUUGCAGGUCCUAUUCGCGCCUCACCAUCCUCACAUCGAGCCUCAAGAAAGUCAUAUGAGAAGCUACGACAACCCAGUGGACGUAAACCUACAAGAAGCUACUCGCUGAGUUAAGCCAAACCGUUGUGAUUCAUCACUGUAUGUCUUUAGAUUUAGUUGAAACUCUCAGCAGUCAUGAGCUCUGCAUUACAUAUGAUAUAUGACAUGAAAAUAUUCGCAGAAAGGACAAGAACACA